AUGCCGAUUGAACCGCUAACUAUCACCGUGGCAUGCUCCACCCUGAUCUCGAACGUCGGAAAGGCCUCUGUGCAGAUCUACUCGUUUGUGUCUAGGGUGCGAGAUGCGCAUCGAGAUCUCGACGCUGUCCUGAAGGAACUGUCGUCCCUAGGCCUCUGUUUGGAAACGCUCCGGAACGACGCCAUGGUCACCUCCAAGCGCGUACCUCAACCCCUCGAGAACCGGGUUCUUCUCGUCCUGGUCAACACGGCCGAAGUCGUCAAGGAGAUGCGCGAGAUGUUGGACAACUUGUCCUCGGACAGGUUCGGCAAUCAGAUGAAAUGGGCCAUCUACGGGCAAAGCGACAUGAACAAGCUCAGAAGCCGGUUGGAGUCUCACAAGGCCGCGCUGGAGAUAGCUCUGGCCCUGUUGACUUUAUCUCUCACCACGGCCAUCAAGGAUGAUACAAGCAGUAUCCGUCGGAAUGUCAAGGAAACUGUCGUAGGUCUGGACCAGAUUGUCCAAGUCCUAGCGGCGUUGCCAGAACGUGUUGCCGCCCAGUUACAAGUGGGCGCAUUGAAUGAAGCAGCCAUCGUCGACACUAUCAGACCAGCUCUGCAGGAAUUGACAGCACCAGAAGCCCCAGUGGAAAACUCUGCCCGGACCCUCGAAAGUCUUUUUCCUCCUCCACCCAUGAAUGCGGAAGAUCAAACCCCAAGCAACUUGGAUGCAGCCGCGGCCGUACAGUCCAGCAGCCCUGCGUUGGCUGUUGUGGCUGCCGAGUCUUCAGGCCAGCCAGUCAACAGCACCCAGGACCAGGAAUCUCGGUCUCCAAAAUGGCGGAAUGACAACUCGCAUUCAAAGCUUCAACCGCCGCCACCGUUUGAGCAGGUAGCGGUUGAUAAGGAGCCUGAUGCGCCGGAAGAGUGGGUAUCGAGGAUAGACAGGCUGGCCCGCAGAUUGGAGCAGGAGAAAAGGGCACGUCAGCGGAAUAAAGAGGAGCGUUCGGGACGACGGGCGGGAAAAUCAACCCUUCGCGAAGAUGAAGUGUUGAAAUGGGACGACUCCUUGCGGCCUCGGAUGACAACAAAUUUCCCCGGCGCUCCCGUUCGAAAGAGGACUGGCCAUCCGCCUCUGGGUAUGUCGCAAUUCCCGGACGUCGACGACGACGACCAUGACAACCGGCAAGCACCUGGGCUCUUCGAAUCUAUGCAGCGCAAGGCUCUGAGUGGAGACAACCAGGUAGAGCACGGCGAAGAACGACCACGACUUCAAGAGGACGACAAGGACAACGACAAGCAACCACGUCAGUUUUUCUUCCCAAGUUUCUUUUCCGGCCCAAGUCCCAGGCCUAUGGAGAAACCAGAGAAAUGGACAUAG